UUUAUACUCUGCACAGAAGCAGCCUUAGAAGUACGCUAAAGAGCCCUUGCAGAAGAUGAAAGUUCCCUGAGCAGAUGGAAUGGGAGAAUGUGCUUUGUCUUCCUGACAAGUUUGUGGACAGUGCUGACCAAGCAAUGCUGGGGUGAGAACAACACAUCCAGAAGCUCAUUCUGAAAUGGGGAGCACUGAAAUUCUGGAAAAGGAGACUACAGAGAGUCUUAGUAAUGGUACCAGCAGCAACUUGGAAGCUGCCAAAAGACUGGCCAAACGCCUUUAUCAUCUAGACAGAUUCAAAAAAUCGGAUGUUGCAAAACACCUAGGCAAAAACAAUGAAUUUAGCAAACUGGUUGCAGAAGAAUAUCUGAAGUUCUUUGAUUUUACAGGAAUGACACUAGAUCAGUCUCUCAGGUAUUUCUUUAAAGCAUUUUCUCUCGCUGGAGAAACUCAAGAACGAGAAAGAGUAUUAAUACAUUUCUCCAAUCGAUACUUUUACUGUAACCCAGAGGCCAUUGCUUCACAAGAUGGAGUACAUUGCCUCACCUGUGCGAUGAUGCUGCUUAAUACAGACCUCCAUGGCCAUAAUAUUGGAAAGAAGAUGACCUGCCAAGAGUUCAUUGCAAAUCUUCAAGGAGUAAAUGAAGGUGUUGAUUUCUCCAAGGAUCUGCUGAAAGCUCUGUACAAUUCAAUCAAGAAUGAGAAACUUGAAUGGGCAGUAGAUGAUGAAGAGAAAAAAAAAUCUCCUUCGGAAGGUACUGAUGAGAAGGCCAAUGGAACGCAUCCAAAGACCAUCAGCCGAAUUGGCAGUACAACUAACCCAUUUUUGGACAUUCCUCAUGACCCAAAUGCUGCUGUGUACAAAAGUGGAUUCUUGGCUCGGAAAAUCCAUGCAGAUAUGGAUGGAAAGAAGACUCCAAGAGGAAAGCGAGGAUGGAAAACCUUUUAUGCUGUCCUGAAGGGAACUGUCCUUUACUUGCAAAAGGAUGAAUACAAGCCAGAGAAAGCCUUGUCUGAGGAGGACUUGAAGAACGCUGUGAGUGUGCACCACGCCCUGGCUUCCAAGGCCACCGACUAUGAGAAGAAGCCCAAUGUGUUUAAGCUCAAAACUGCCGACUGGAGGGUCCUGCUCUUCCAAACCCAGAGUCCUGAGGAGAUGCAAGGAUGGAUAAACAAAAUUAAUUGUACUGCAGCAGUAUUUUCUGCACCACCAUUUCCAGCAGCCAUUGGGUCUCAAAAGAAGUUCAGCCGCCCACUUCUGCCUGCCACUACAACGAAAUUAUCUCAGGAGGAACAGCUGAAGUCUCAUGAAAGCAAACUGAAGCAGAUUACCACAGAGCUGGCUGAGCACCGCUCAUAUCCUCCUGACAAGAAGGUCAAAGCCAAGGAUGUAGAUGAAUACAAGCUGAAAGAUCACUAUCUGGAGUUUGAGAAAACCCGUUAUGAAAUGUAUGUCAACAUUCUGAAAGAAGGGGGCAAGCAACUCCUGAGUAAUGAGGAAAGUGAGACCGCAGGACUGAAGAAGUCACAUUCAAGCCCUUCGUUGAACCCAGAUUCUUCUCCAAUCACCGCCAAGGUCAAGCGCAAUGUGUCAGAGAGGAAGGACCACCGACCUGAAACACCAAGCAUUAAGCAAAAAGUUACUUAAAAUCAGUCUGCGGCCAGGAAGUGCUGGUCAUGGAGCAAAAUAGGGGUUUUCAAGAUCUUUCUGGUAAUCCGUGAAUAUAUUUAAAAAAAAAUUCUGUGACUAAAUGGUGCAUUAGUAACUUUUUCUAUUUGUAUUUUUUGUUAGUUUCUGUAGAGAUGGUCUUUGCUCUUGAUUUCUGUGCUUUCUAUGAUGACUUUUGCGACUCAGUAACUAAUGCACCUUUUUUGUGUGUGAGGAGGCAGAGGAUCCUGAUUCCACAGUCUCGUAUCCCUUCUCCUUUGAUUUUGUUUUGUUUGUACUUUGCUCAGUUUUAUGUAUUCGCAAUUAACUGGUCUACUUUUUUUUUUAAGAUUGAAAAAUUCAAUCCAUUGUGAAACUUAACUGGAGAAACAUUGUGGUUUAGUAAAUUCUAGCCAGAAUUAGCCUAAGUCUUUAUAUGGGAAAUCUCACCCAGUCACAGAGGUGAAAUUGAGUACUGACUGACACAUGCUUAAGUAAGAAUUACAGUACUGGGAGUCAAGUUGUUGCGAAGUGAUGCACCUAGAUGCGCAUCUUAGCACGAAUUGUUGAGUUCCGACCUGCUGGAAGCAGGGCAAAAAGGGUAUGGAGAUCACAGGACUAGAGAACUUCUGGAAGCACAUUUCCUUGCUUAUGGUGUGAACUCCACUCCAGCAAGUAAGGGAUAGAAGAAGUGGACUCAUUUUGCCCUUUGAAGUCUAAGGUUAGAUUGCUAUGGAGUUAACUCUGUUUUCUAAAUAUAGAGACAAUAAUUUGCUCUUGGGAAGCUACAGCAGUAGAUAUGAGUAUGGUCUGCAAGAAGUUGUUACCUCACUCCCACAGGGUCUAGACUAGGAAUCCAGAAUCAUCUCUAUCAGUCAUAAUUUUCCAUUCAGAAACAGAUUCUUUUUACUCUACACACACAUGUAUAGGGGGGAUCAUCUCUUGAUUGAAACAAAAUAAUGAUGAACAUGGAACCCCUUUUGUGCUUUCGUAAAGUCAAGACAAAACUAGGGAGUAGAUAGCAGGUUUAGUUCUUUAGCAAUGGGUAUUGAUUCCUUAAACUAAAUCUGAAAGGAGUAUCUGGCUGGAUGGUUGAUAGUAAAGGGAGAAAUCUGCCAGUUGCAUAGACUGUUUACUAGUCUAUUCUUAUCUCCCUCUCUUCAAUAACCACUUUACUCUGUCACCAUUACACUUCUUCCUAAAAUAUUCUUUGUCUAUUUUAUCAUUUCUUUCUGUGUAUUCAAAAUAGUACUGUUCACCUCACAGUCACAAGCUUGCUAUGGUGACAGUCCCUUUGAAACCCAGGGUAAUAACAGAAUAAAUGCUCUUGGACAGAGGAAGAGAAGGAAAUGAAAGUUGAGCCCUCUGGACUUGAGGUUGAUUUCCAACCUCAACACUCUGUAUUCCCUAAAACCGUCAUCUUCCCAGAUAAUAAUACAACUUCAAGACUAAUGAGAUUACUUCAAUAUUUGUUUCUUCCCAUAGAAAUCUUCUCUACUUUUACUUAGUUUACUAGUUGAAGGUACUAUGACCAAAGCAUUAGCUGCUCUGCAUGAAUAGCAUGGUCCCAGUGGAUUAGGGGAAGCCUGCUAAAGAAUCAUGGUAGUUUUAGUGACACUAUUAGGGUGUACUAGCACUUAUUUAUUAAUGUUUACUUUCUGU